AUGCCGAGCGAAACUUCGCUCAACCAGCUGGUCAAAGGCGCGCCCACAGCCAAUGUCCACCCACCUCCGCCGGCACCACUCCCGCCCUUGACCUCCGCCGCCGCGACCGACAAAAACACGUCCAGUCCCGACCUCUCCGCCCUGCCAAGCUCACCUCCGACGAUCUACCUUAAUCUGCUGAUCCUCGAGUCCUCCCUCCGCAGCCAAUAUCUACAUCUCGUCUCUCGUCGACGCCUCAACACCUUCUUCUUGCUUGUCCUCUCUACUUGGACAUUGUUCCUUGGUUGGGUUCUCUUCCUUAAGCCCAGAGAAGAUGGCUCCGGUCAGCGCGGCGGCUCUGUCUAUUGGCUCUUCGAACUACUCCAGAAGCUCGCGUUCAUGGGUUCAUUAGCUACUUUCCUGCUCAUCUGGGCUACCGGCCAGCUCGAGCGUGGGGUACGCUGGCCGCGCAGGUGGCUGUCUACCACAAAUCGCGGCCUACGACCGUUCAACUUGCGCGUCGUAGUCAUACGCCGAAGAUGGUACCGGGAGUGGCUCAGUCACUUCAGCUUCCUUAUUCCUCUUGGUCUAUUUGCCGACGAAGAAGGUGGACGAUUUAGCGACUGGCACCUUGUUGAGCACGAGACAGGAAUCAUAGUGGAAGAAGACCUCGCUAAAGGCGGCGACUACAUCAUGCUACUCCUUCUCCCGAAGUCAUUUUCUCCAGAGUUCCGCGAGAACUGGGAAGAGUACCGCAGUGAAUACUGGCAGCGAGAGAACGAGCGCCGCGCUGGUCUUCGUAGGAAAGUGAAGGUCCAGCGGCGGAACAAAGCUCGCGAUAAUGGAGGAUGGAAGUGGUACACGGGUACUUGGCGUCUGAUGCCCCGUCACAGCCAUCACGCGAAGAGGAAUCAGGACCUUGAGAAGCACCCUCACCAUCAGCACCACGCCCAACAAGCGCACCCCGCUCGUGGUUCCUCGCACAAUCGCAACCCUACCAACAACAGCCUGUCCCUGACCGAGAAAGAUGCUCUACUUAAAGCGGAUCAGAAGGCUCACCGUCGGCGAUCUCUCCGACGCGACUCUAGUUCGAACAACACCCACUCACGUCAAUCCUCCCGCUCGAGCACUCCUGCGCUCGGCGACGUUGAUGGCGCAAAUGACAGCCACGAUCACCGACUUCGUAGAGGCAGCAGCGUAAGCAGUACGGCAAGCGUGAGACGCAAAACGCGAGAGCUAAGAUCUGCUGCGGGUGGAGUGAGUCCGCUAACAAGUGCGGAUGAGGGUAAGGUGCGGCGGAAGCAUCAUCAUAAUAGGUCGACGACGCCAGAGUCGGAGUCAGCGGUGGCGGAUGGACCGUGGGCUGGGAGCAAGUCUGGGACGGUGAGGAUCAAACGGGAGGAUAGUUCUGGAAUGGGCAGUGUAGCGUAA